AUGAAAACCGAAGGUAGAGUAAGACAGUUAAACAGGAUGGAUAUGCUCUAAAAAAGUAUUGUACCUUGCACAAAAGCUAACGGUCAGCUUUGUGCCAGGUACAAUCCUUUUUCGUUGUUGAUCCUAAGUCAAAGAAUUAUUAGAAUUGUUCGAAAAAUGUUUAAAAUUUGUUCCUUGGAAACUAGUUAUGAAGCAGCAAGGAAUUUUUGUGUCAGCCCUUACAAAGCAGAUGACUGGCUCUUAAUCUAGCAGCAGAAAACUAAAAUCAACUUAAGUCGCAUCACCCACGGAUAAGUGCCUGCGCAUUUAGAAACAUGGCGCAUUUUUUUCCAAUCUUAUCUUUUAUCUUAUCUAUAUAUUUCGUAUCUCAACCAUUUAGACUAUAGAUGACAGAAAGAAUUGCGUAUUCGUAGGAAUAUAUUUUUUUCGAAGUAGGGUUUGAUAAAUCUUGACUCAUUUGCAUCCUACUAAGUAAGGUGAACUCGUUGUUUAUGCCUCGCUUUAAUUCCCAACACCAAGCAACGAUUCAAUAUGUUAUUGGAAUGAUAAACAUAGAAACUCUUGGAGAGCCUGCUCGAUAAAAUUGUUUGACCCACACUUGGGUUUUUUUAAACGGUGAAUAACUUGAUUGAAGAGGAACUGAACAAUAGUUUGCUUAAAAUUGUGCAUCAUGAUCAAUUUAUAUUGUCGCUCUAAACGAUUUGGAUAUUCAUUAACAGAUUCUGACGAAUGCAAUGCCUCCGUUAGCGUUUGUGAUGUGAACGCUGACUGCAAAAACACUCUGGGAUCGUAUCGCUGCUCUUGCAGAGCCGGUUUUUCUGGAGAUGGACAUACUUGCAGAGGUGGGAAGAAAUUUAAUCAGAAAACGCACAGUUUUCUUGAAGCCAUGCCGUUGCAAGGAAUUAAUUCUUUGAGCUUUCUUUGACUAUUUCUUCAUUAGGUCUAAAAUUGUUUCCCGUCAACAAUUUAUUCUUGAUCUAAUUUAAAAGUUUGGUGCAAAUGUUUUGAAAUCUUUGUAUCGUUUUCUUUCGAUCAGAUAAUCUUUAAUUUUAUCUUACUGCAAAGAGUUUAUUAUGCGUAUCAGCGAUACGGCGGAACUUCCAUGAUAAACCCUAGACAUCUUAGACCUCAAUUUCCAGGUGUUAACCCUAUCCUCAAUAGUUUUUGUAUAGUGUGUUCGUUGUUCAACUGAAAGUGAUAAAAUGCUGGGGAAAAGAAACAACUACCUCAAGAUAAAGGCCGCAGAAUUUGCGUAAAAGGCAGAAAAAGCCGAUUGCCAGAGCAUUUUAGGCUCUUAUCAGUGUUCUCGCAGACCUGGAUUUUUUGGCAUUGGUACAACUUGUUACCGACAUUUGGGUUUGGAUAUUUGGAUAUUUGGGUUUUUAAGACAGAUUAACUAACUUGUUAUUUUCAACGCUUCAAAUUCGAUUCACGUUUUUUGUGGACAUUCCCCCUAAAAUUUCACAGAUAUCAUGUUCAGGAGUAAAUACUUUUUUUUUUUUUAAAGGUGCUGUGAAUCUCAAAACCGAUGGGAGAAGGGGACGCUUUGGAACUAUACAGACGUUCAUUGUUCCACGGACCACCCGCUAUCUCAUCAAAGCCUGGGGCGCUCGGGGAGGAACACAUUCAUACGAUUAUGGAGACAAUCCAGGAACAUAUUAUGGUGGAAAGGGAGCAUUUAAAGAAGGGAAGUUCAGACUGAAUAAAGGAACAGUGUUAAAUAUUGUGGUGGGACAAAGAGGAGGAGAUUCAGUGGAGGUUAAAGGUGGACAAAGCACUAGCAAAACAGCAGCUCAACUAGGAGUGUCCGUGGAAGACAAUGCUGGCACUGGAGGAGGGGGAGGAAGUUUUGUUUAUACUACAGCUGAUGUUCUGUUGCUGGCUGCCGGAGGAGGAGGGGGUGCGUCUGGCGGAUAUAAUGGUGUGGAUGGUCAGGCGGAAUCAAAUGGCACCAGUAGUGUAGGGCAGGUUUCGUCACAAGUUCGAAAUGGAGGCAUAGGUGGGCAGCCAGGUGAAUGCAACAGUGAGGGCGGUUACCACCAUGGAGGAGUGGGAGCGGGUUGGUUUGGUCAAGGUUGUACCCGGCUAAGUUCCUCCCAUGGGGAAAGAGGUGGGUCACGUGCGCAAGCGUGGAUCGGAGGUCAAGCCGGAGAUAUGAAUAGCGGUAAUAACGGGGGCCCUGCACCAGGAGCAGUUGGUGGGUUUGGUGGUGGGGGAGGUGGAGCAGAGGAUAAUGGUGCAUCAGGUGGAGGUGGUGGCUACUCUGGGGGGGUAGUGGUACCCGUUGGCAACAAGCCGGAGGUGGAGGAGGCUCGUACUGUAAUGGCGAAGAUUGUUCCGGUUUGGCUGGUGGGAAUUCGAAUGAUGAUGGCCUUGUGCAAAUUAUGGAAUUGUUCGGCUGAUUCCAAAACAUUUUCUUGA